ACUGGAGACCGAAAAGCUGGCGGCUUCCUCUUACAACGUAUCAGUAUUGCGAUACAACGAGGAAAUGCCGCUAGCAUCCUUGGUACGAUGCCUCAAGGGCCUUUUUAGAUAUAAGCUAGUUAUAGUAAUCAUCUGUAUAUAUCCAUUAUUAUUAUGUAAAUAAACAAUGAGAAUCUAAAAAAAAUGGCUCUAAUUUUAAUAUUUUUUUUAUUCAUAUUGUAUUUUUCUGAAUAUUGUUUCAAAACGCGUCUACUCAAACGAUCGUUCGCUAGCGUAACACGGAACGCUCCCCCAGCUGAUAAUUGGCAUGUCAUGUUGACAUUAUUGACAGUUCGUCAAUUUUCUCAAACAAUAAGCGUACAUCGUAGAAGCAAAAAACUAUGGCUUUAAGUUAUUUCACAGAAAGUGAAGCUCCGAGAGACUUUCGAAUAUCCUCCACGGAGAGUGAAGGACAUUACACAAAGUGCCUACUAUGUUAUACGGUGAAGAAAAACUUCUACUGCCCGGAUUGCAUUCGGGCGGGCAACUUCGUACAUUCAUCGAUGCCUUAUGCGGACAGAUUCUCAGAAAAACAAGGCAAGCUGUUACGUCUAAAAGCUAAUAGAAAGCACAUUCUUGACCGCUGCGAAAAGCUGAUGGCUGGCAAGUUGAAGAAAGACAGCUUAAUAACAGAGGCCAAACAGUCACGGGACAAACUGGACCUGCUGCGGCUGGCUAUUGAGCAGCGGAGGAAUGGACUGGAUGAGAAGAGGAAACAAUUGACGGAGCUCACACAACUUAACAAUGAGCUAAGAUUAAAGCUCCCCCGCUACCAGAAGCGCGUGUCGCACCUGGCGUCCCACGCGGCCGCUCAGAGGCUGGAGCUGCACACGAGGCACAACGCCUGCGCCGACAGAAACGCGGCCCUAGCGGCGCUGCGGAGAGAGAGGGUGCGGCAGCUUAACAAAUAUAUAUUCCCCGUUUACAUCAGUUUGGAUACCAGCGACAGUAUAGAAGACAUGGAGUUCCUGGGCGGGGAGCCGGAGGAGCAGCCCGCGCCGCGCACUCGGCUGCACGUCGUCUCGCCCUGGCUGUGUGCCGACGGGGACCACUCGCAUGUGAUCACCUGGGCGAAACAGAACAAGGAAGCGUCUUUGACGGCGGAGCCGGCGGACAACCCUCUACAUCGUACGGUAGCAGCGUUAGGUCUGGCGGCGCAGCUGGCGGCGCUGCUGGCGUGGGCGCUGGACGCGCGGCUGCCGCACGCGCUCACGCUCAGAGUGGAAGCGUGGACCAGUGAGAAGUUACUGGAGUGCGCGGUGUGGGAGAAACUCGAAGUACCGGACGAGCCCGACCCGCCGGAGCAUCUGUACUGGCCGGAACAAGAGGAGACAGAAGUGUGCGGUCGCUCGCCGCCCGCAGCCUCCCUCGUCACGUCGGCGGCCGCCUCCCUCGCCUCCAUGUGGCGCGGCUGGACCAAAUAACACACAUGCACGCACACGGACUCACAUACACACACACACAUACACAUCAACAUCAUACUACUCGACUCCUUUACUCCUAUUUUGUAACCAAGGGUUAAACUUAAGUAAGAACAGGUAAUAAUGAUUAGGUACCUGUCCAUACUUCGCGUGCGAUAGAGAGAGGAACAGGCGAGUCAAUGAACGAAAGUCUUCGUGCUUAGCGUCCUUACUUAAGCUUUAAAGCGGGCAAAUUCAAUUCCCGUUUAAUAACCAGUUACGCAUUAUUAGGUUUUUUUUUUCCAUUCCGAAGUUACACAAUGAGAGUUCCAAAGUGGGACGAAAAUUAUGCACACUAAAGGGCCGAUCUCCGACCGCAAGUCUCGUAAACCGUACACAUCUCUCUAAGUAGAAUGACAUUCAAAGCCGCGUACAUCAAUAAGAUGCCCAUUCACUAACUUAUCAAUUUUUAUAAGUACCCAAAAACUUUUACAAAGUACUAUUGGAAGUCGAGUAGGUACCAUUAAUUACGACUAACUGUGUGUAAAACAGCAUAAUUACUCCAAAAUUUAUUCCUAUUCCAUUGACUAUCUUAAAUUAUGAAACUAAUUAAUUAAUUUUGUGACCAUUAAUUUCAAUAAAUUUAUUGACUUUUGACUCAAAAUGACCAAAUAGGUACUAUUGUUUUGAAUUUGAAACCAUGUCCCAUGUCUUAUUUAACAAAAGUUAAAUUUUAAUUUUUGAAUUUGUCCUUUAUGAAGGACUUCGGAACCCAGCAAGGCAAACAAAAAAUCAUAAAUGUCAACCAAAUAUCAGCCUUAUACGGUGAAUAAUGCAUAUUCAGAAUUAGUAAAAGUAAUUUGGCAUUCGCGGGUAAUUUAAUGGUUCUGCGAACCACUCAUAAAUAUUUUUUACGAAAAAUUACUAUCAGAUUUAUUUUUUCACAUUGCUGUCACUUUACUCUCACUAUUUCUAAAUAUGGAUUAUAUUAUAAACAUUAUACGGUUAUGUAUUUAUGUCCUUAUGUUAUGUACAUAGAUUAUUUUUUAUAAAAUUUUGUGAAUUAUUUUGAAUGAAAAUAAAACUUUUUGUAAA